UUCCGACGGAGAGUAGAAGGGGGCGGGACCCUGGACGGAGGGGCGGAACGGGCCUUUUACCCCUCGGGUCACGCGCGGCAGGAAGUGGCGCCCACGGCAGAGUAUUCGAGAUGGGGACCACCCUGGACAUUAAGAUUAAAAGAGCGAACAAGGUUUAUCACGCCGGGGAAAUGCUCUCCGGGGUGGUGGUCAUCUCUGGGAAGGAUGCCAUCCAGCACCAGGGAGUCUCCUUGACAGUGGAAGGAAGUGUGAACCUCCAGCUCAGUGCCAAGAGUGUGGGUGUGUUCGAAGCAUUCUAUAAUUCUGUUAAGCCUAUCCAGAUUAUCAACAGUACCAUCGAAAUGGUGAAGCCAGGGAAAUUUCCCAGCGGCAAAACAGAAAUUCCUUUUGAGUUUCCUCUGCUCGUGAAGGGUAACAAAGUUCUGUAUGAGACUUAUCAUGGCGUGUUUGUCAACAUUCAGUACACCCUGCGCUGUGACAUGAGGCGGUCACUGUUGGCCAAGGACUUGACCAAGACCUGUGAAUUCAUCGUUCACUCUGCUCCUCAGAAGGGGAAAUUGACUCCGAGUCCCGUGGACUUCACUAUUACACCUGAAACCUUACAGAAUGUCAAAGAGAGAGCCUUGCUCCCCAAAUUUCUCAUCAGAGGACAUCUCAACUCAACCAGCUGUGUCAUCACACAGCCACUGACGGGAGAGCUGGUGGUUGAGAGCUCGGAGGCCGCCAUCAAGAGCAUAGAGCUGCAGCUGGUCCGCGUGGAGACGUGCGGGUGUGCAGAGGGAUACGCCCGUGAUGCCACCGAAAUUCAGAACAUUCAGAUCGCUGACGGGGACGUGUGUCGGAGCCUCUCCGUCCCCAUAUACAUGGUCUUCCCCCGGCUGUUCACCUGCCCGACGCUGGAGACCACCAACUUCAAAGUGGAGUUUGAGGUUAACAUCGUGGUGCUGCUGCACCCCGACCACCUCAUCACGGAGAACUUCCCGCUGAAGCUGUGCAGGACGUAGCCCAGGCGGCCUCACAGCGCCCAGGCCCGCGGCGUCACACUCGUUACAUGAUGACUCUGUAGCAGAAGCGAGUCUGACCCUUCCGACCGCAAGGCCCUUCCUCAUUUCCUCCAGGCUUCUGCUGCCGGCGGCACCUCUGGUCAGAGCUUUCCUUCCAAAUUCCUCAGGACUGCUUGACUGUACUGGCAAGACCGUCUCCCAGAAAGCGGAUUUCCUGUGACUCCUGACUCACCUGCUCCUUUCUAGGUUGAGGAAACAGUUGUCAGAGAGUUCCACCUCUGCUGGGAAGUGAGGUCAGGGACGAGGGAAACCUCCUGACUGGUCCACGGAUGUGACCGGGACUCCAGGCAGCAAAGCCACCUCUCAGGAUGGUGACAGGCGUCUGCGGACGCCCACUGGGGAGGGUGCUCGUGGCGUCGGCUGGAAAUAUGUAACGUGUUUUCCACUCUGCUCUCUUUUGUAACUUUUUUUUUACGACUUCAGAACUUUUAGGAAACUGGAAAACGUGGUCCUUGCUCUCAGGAGUGAGGGGAUUUGGUGACUACGCUGGUGUGAGGGUAAUUCUGAAAUCACUGGUGUGAAAUGGCGUGGGCUCUAUUCCCAGAAUCGUUAAGUGUGAAGGUGGUCAGGGUGAAAAGGCGUGUCCGUGCCUGUUGUCGGCUGGGUUCUGAGUGGCAGGAGACCUUGGGUGCCAAGUGAAGACCCCACUACACUGGGUGGUGCCAGGAAAACAAACACCCUGGACUCGGUGGACUGGCUGCCCCCGUCCUCCCUGAGGGGCCUCCGCUGGGGCCAGGGGGUUGUGGCUUGAAAGCCACUUUCUCCCUCGCCUUCCAUUGUGGUUUGCAGUAUUAGGGGGUUUACAGCACAUUGCUUCCUUCAGAUCCUGCCAUCGUUUCUGUGGGUCCACAGUGGACCAGGCCUUACGCCGUGUGCUUUGCAUGCUGCCUGGGCUUCCCAGCAUCCCUCCGCCUGACGCCCCGGGUGGUGCCGCCGUUGUCCUGGGACAGCGUGGUGACCUGUGAUGCCGAGGGCCCAGGCUCUGCAUUACCCUUGGGCUUCACCGGUGAAAUGGAUACAGCUUAUUCCCUGAGCCAUUAAAAGUUGGUUCCCAGAGAAACCUUUCCAGUUUAUAAAUCUCCUUUUACGCACACAUGACAUUAAUGAUCUGAUGAGGUGUUUAAACCAGACUAGCAGAAGACAAGGAGUCCGUACUUUCCGAGAUAUUUCAAAAGUAGAAAUCAUUUUUAAUGGGAAGAAAAGGUAAAUGAGAAUCCUGAGAAAAGGUCUAGGACUUAUAUAUUGCUGUAUAAUUUGUUAAGUAAACCAAUUUUAUGGACGGAAAUAUGAUGAGUCCUUUCCUUAGGGAAUAAUUAUCACCUGAAGAGCUGACAGCAGCCCGGCAGCUUUAAAAUUAUCACCUUUAUCAUUUCAUUCAACCCCAAGGGGCACAAGGAAGGGCCAUUCCCUUCCCCUUCUUGGUCGGACCCUUGCACCGUGGGUUUUUAAGGAAAGCUUGAAUGGUUGAGUGUCUUGGACAGCAGCCCUCCCGCUGCUGCCCCGGCUGGAGCUGGGGUGUCCACUGUCAGAGUCUCACAUUAGAGCCAGAGGAGGGGAGGUGAAGGAAAGAGCCCGUGAACCGUGAAUCUGAAACUGUAUUUUUUUUAGAAAUGCCCAUUCAGGUAGGAGCAUCUUUUGGCUCUUAGAGCCCCAGCAAAAAUAGGGCCCAGCUCCAGUUCUCAGCCGACUCGUAGGUUCCACAGUAAAGGUGGAGGGGUAAACCAGAGAGAAAACAUUUUAAAAAGUACAAGCAUCGCGCCUGACUGCAUCCGGUGUUCAUAUCCCGAGCCCACCUGCUCCAGUAGCUGGUAGGGAGGUAGAACCGUGAUGUCAUUUCUGCCUUCAUCACUGGAGUCUCCUAAUUCCUGAGUCUGAGUCUGAAUUACCUGUAAAACCUUUGGGGUAAGAUCCCCUCCCUGUGCUGGCCGUGGUUUGGGCUGUGGUGGGUUGCCAGUGCUCUCCACAGCCCCCUCUCAUUCCCCAUCCUGUUCAGAAGCAAUGUUGCAUUUCCGUGGACGCACACUUGCCUGGCUGGGCACUUACACCCAGCUCCUUUGCAGCUAGGUGUGAUCAUGUGACAAGGACGACACGGGCCCCUUCCCACGGCUGGACCAGGACCAGGCUGUGUCCUGGCCUGGACUGUGCUGGAUCACAGCACAAUGAACAUGUGAGCAGAGCAGCCCACCUCCCACCUCGGUCACCAUCACAGGAGAGGGGCAGAAAUGGACGCAUCUUCAAACCACUGGGUUGCUGGGUGUCCUGGCGGCGGCAGCUCAGCCUGAAGCCAGUGGCGGGAUGGGUGGGAGUUCACCCUCACAGGGCCCAGUCCCACCCCUGCCUCUCGGGGGGCCCGAGGUCCACGUGCAUAGGAUGAAGAAACACUCCUUUCACCUUCGUGCCCACCCUUCAUGCCCAUGAGCCAGGACGACGUCAGCACGCUCAGGGGUCCAGACCCGUGCCGGGGCCCAUCUGGUCAAGGGCCAGGGCAGGUGUAGACCCAGCACUCCCAGGAGCCAUUGCUGUGUGGCCAGCGGUCCCGGGACCCAGCUGGACCCAGCCCUACCCAGUAAAAGCUCCCUGAGCAGAGUGGUAGGAAAGUGGGCUGGUUUGCAUUGUCACUAACCGAGCAGGGGAUUAAAAAGACUAGUUUAGGCUUUCCUUGGAGAAGUGUCAAUGCUGAGAUGAACUCCGUGAUGACAGCCCUAAUGCAGCCGGCCUGUUUUGGGAGGAGGGCUGCUGCGGGCUCGCGUGUCUGGUGCCGGCUCCCAAACGUCCUUGAGACCUGCAGGGGUCCUGCCUCAAGGAAGGCCACCCUCCCGUUCCUGAGGGGUGGGCUGCAUGCCGCUCCUGCACCGGAGGCUCCCCUGGGAUGGUUUGCAGUUGCUGGAGGUUAACAUACCAACCGUGGCUUUGCACCUAACAAGAGCAGGGACUGGACAAUGUUAGUUACUCUGGACCAGACCCUGUUCUGAGUGCCGUGCACAUGUUCCCUUAUUUAGUUGUGUAGUUCCUGCCUUACGAGGCGGGAACUGCCGCCCACCCAACUUACAGAUGAGGGGGUUGUGGGAAAGCCCCCAUCCGUGUCUCCGCACACCUCACCUCCCCCCGGGGAGCAGCUGUUCAGCCUGGUACAGUUUUACCUGCACGAGGCCCGGUCUCCGUCACCUUGCUGUGUCUGGACUCCACUUUGCCACGUUGGUGACUUGCUUUUCCCCACCACACGCCAUCAGUUCUGCUCAGCUGAGUCAAACAAGAUGAAGUGAGACUAAGGAUACGAUUUGCAGCUGUGUCCAGUUUAAGAAUGAGGUGAGUGGUUAAAGACCCGGAAGUCCAAGGGAAAACCACAUCCUAGUCUUGAUUUCCUUUACAUAGAGUGAAAAUAUCAGGGAAUGUUCUAGGCCUGUUCAGGGCACUACAACGUGCUUUGGUAAGUGACCUCGCGGUAGCCUUCUUAGGGGGUGUUAGUCCCACUCAGCCAAGCGCACAGAAGCUGUGACCUGCCCAGGCCACGCUGCUCAGCUGAGUCUUGGCUUCACGUUACCUGCAGUGAGAACUAGGCAGGUAGCCGUGGCCUAAGUGUGCAUGUGGUCUUGGUCGUGGGGAGCGAUUGCUGACUGCUUCAUGAACUAUUGCUACUGAUGUCACUCUUCGUAAUUCCCAGCUGGCUUUCAAGAAAGGUAGAACGUUUUCUGGGAAGAAAUCUGUUUCCCUGGUAAGGCUUACCCAAGCUGACUUAUGUUGGGACUCUGCAUAAGAGGAGAGAUGAAAAAUUACACAGCAGAACGCUUACCUGGGAAAAUGCUCUGUGGAGGGAAGGCCUUAUUUUGAAUAUAAAUAUUUCUGUUACCCCAAGACUGUCAAAACUAGCCACUUGGGUAGAAUAAAAUGUCUGUGGGUCUAAGUGGUGGAGGUGAGAGUAAGGUCCAGGUCGAUACCUUCCCUACUCUGACCCCUGAAAGCUAUUUAUUUUUGAGACUGUCAGUAGUUAGAGUAUUCAGAGAGUGUGACUUUAGGUGACAAGGCCACCUCAUUUGUAGAGUUAAAGCUGAUCAACCUACACUUAACAAGGAGCAGUCAAAUUAUUAGAAAAUAGUGGAGGGGGUGCAAACUGAGGCGUGAAAGCUCAGUGAGGACCCCUGAUGCCCAACUCUGCUUUCCUGUGAAUGCCACUGAUAAAGUGGGAGUGCCCGAGCCCCCCAUCCAGGUAGGUAAGAUUCUGACUUGGUGGGGUUUUCUGUGCCAAACCCAGCCAGUUCCUCUAAAGCUUUCCAUGUAACAGAAGAAACACAUACUCUGGAGGUUUUAAGUCCUUAGAAAAGCAUAAAGACAUAAUUCGUGCCUGCUUUAAGACACUUGUCAGAGCACUGGCUUGAUGGAGACCAAGGGCGGAGAUAACACCAAAACAUUUGGUUUGCCUGUCAUCUGCCUGUCGUUUCCCCAAAGGAGGCCUCUGUCUGGUUCCCUUGACAAAGUCCAGCUGUGGCUGAGACCGUGAAGGCCCACGGAGAAGCAACUCCGGAGAAGAGGGUAACUGAGAGGCAGGGUUUGUUCAACAAAGGGCCCCACGAUGGGGGACGUGGUCACUUCCUUUCUCAGGGGCCACUGUCUCCCAUCUGAGGACUAGGGCUUCAAGACCACAAACUCUAAGUGACAGGAAUGGGACAAGCUUUUCUGUCUGCAGGUGAGCAGCCGCCUUGGGGAGGCUGGGCCCACAGCCCAGACUUCCUGCAGCCUGAUACACAAGAAAGGGGUGUGCUCAGACAUAGUUGUGGAAGGGUGGUAGAAAAGAGCAGAAAAAUAAAAAUCUUGAAUAUUCAUUUUUGUUUUAAAAUAGCUUCAAUAGCAAUAUGUUUUUAAGAAAACUCAGAUUCAAAAUCCACUACAUUAAAAGAGCAGACAAAUUUGAGUUUAGUAUUUAUUUCCUAAAAUGUUCACCACCAUGUUGCUUUAUAUUUUACAGAAAAUUUGUUUUUUUUUAAUCCAUGGAAAAUUUGCAAAAAUGAAAUGCCGCAAAGAAACAAACUCAAUAAAAUUCUAACACAUAGAAUGCCCCCACCACAUACAGUACCGUAGUGCAGUAAAAUUAAAAAUUGAUCUGAAAGGAAAACCAAGUUCAAUAGAACCACUUGUAAGUUUUAUAACGUUCUUCAAAGAGGAAACCAAAACUUCUCUUAUGGACCCUUUAGACUUAAUGAAAAUGAGUAUACAUAUAGCAAGGGCUUUUUAUGGCCAGUGCUGUAGUCAGAGGAAAAUUCUUAGCCUUAAAUGUUUUCAUUAUACCAGAGAGAAUGAAAACCAAUGAGUUAGGCAUUCAAACUAAAAGUCUAGAAAAACAAAAUAAAUAGGAAAUAAUGAUAAAAGCAGGAACUAAUUGACAUGAAAGUAAAAACACUGGAAAUUUAUAAAUUAGGCUGUGAGUUUGUCCUUUGAAAAGACUAAUUCAACUGGCCUUUUAAUAGAGCAAAAUAAAACAAAGGGGGAAAAAGAAAUAUGUAAUACUAGGAAUAAUUUCAGAUUAAAAGGACCCUGAUAAGAAUUAUAUUAUGGGAUGCACCUUUCCUGCUAAUAAAUUUGCAAACUUCAAUAAAAUACAGAGUGACUCCAGAAAAGAAUUAAAAUGAUAGCUUAUGGAAGAAAGUAGAAAAUUGCCAAAGAAAUGUCACUGAAAAGGUGCUAAGCCCAGAUGGUUUUACAGCAGGUUUCUGUUGAAGCUUUAAAGAUUAGAUAGUUCCUCUGCUAUUUAAACUGUUGCAGGCUAUAGAGAAGGAUGAAAACCCUCCCAAUUUAUUUUAUGAAAUCAGUGUAGCCCUGAUAAAAAAAUCUGACAUUGUCAGUUAAAAUUAGGAUUAGCUGUGAGUAAAGGAGUCUCCCAAAUUAGAGUAGCUGAAACAGGACUCACUUAAAUAUCCCCAGGUAGGUAGUCCAGAGCUGGCAUAGCAGCUCAGAGCCAAGAUGUCCUCAGAGAUCCAGGUUACUUCCAGCUCACUGUGACACCUUUCCUAGGCUGUGGCCCCUGUCUUCAUGGUCUAAGGGAGUAGCAGCUAGUUCCAGCCAUCACAUCUGCAUUUCAGGCAGCAGGAUAGGAGAAAGGAUGAAGGUGAAAAAAGGUCCAAUGCCAGGUGCCAGCUCUAUUGAAGAUCGUCUUGCUGGAUGCCAUAAGAUAUAUAUUCUUUUAUUUUAACCUUUAACUUUGGAAAUGUCAAAUACACAGAAAAGGACAGAGUCAUAUAGAUUAUGUCAUACACAGAAUAUGUCUAUUUGUUACCAUCUUUAUUGAGAGAGAAUUCAUGAACCAUAAAAUUUACCCAUUAAAAAUACACACUUCAAUACUUUUUUGUAUAUUCACAGAGUGGGGAACUGUCACCAAAAUCCAAAUUUGGAACAUUUUCUUUACUCCAAAAAGAAACCCUGAAUCCAUUAGCAGUAAGACCCUUCCUCUCUUAAAUCCUAAGCAACCAUUAAUCUACUUUAUGUCUCCGUUGGCUUGCCUCUUCUGGAUAUUUCAUAUAAAUGCAAUCAUACCUUAUGUGGUCUUUUGUGCCUGGCUUCUGUCACUUAGCAUCAUGUGUUUAAGGCUCAUCUGCAUUGCAAUCUGUAUCAGUACCUCAUACCUUUUUUUUUUUUUUACAUUCUUAGGUGUGUUUUUAAUUAGUGGGUAAUGACUAUCUUUUAUGAGCAGAUUUCACAUAAUUAGUUCACACAUGCAUUUUUUUUAUAGAAUGAAAAGCUGGAGAUAAGGGGUUAUGAUCUAUAAAUAGGAUACUCUUAGCUUAAAAAAAAUUAUUGCAAUUCCUUUCAGAUACCAGAACCAGAUGUUUUGGUUUGGACUAUCAAAUAGAAAUGGGGAAUUCCUUGGCAUGCAGACCUAAGUCCAUCCUAGAAUAUGGAUGUAAAUAUAUUCCAUGGCAGCUUUUAUUUAUAUUUGAAUAGACUACAGAGCAGUUAGAAAAAUAUUCUACAACACUAAGUUAGUAGCUUUACUGAGCACUUAAUGUGGCAGGUGUAUUGUGCUAUAAACUUUACAUAGCUUAUUUCAUGUAAUCAUUAUCAGAAGCUUGUAAAAUAGAUAUUUUUUCAUGAGUCAUUUUAUUUUUAUUUAUAAGUUGCCUGCUUUUUUUUAUUGAGGUAUAGUUGAUUUACAAUAUUAUGUAAGUUUCAGGUGUACAACACACUAAUUCACAAAUUUUAAAGGUUAUACCCCAUUCAUAGCUAGUAUAAAAUAUUGGCUAUAUUCCCUGUGCUGUAUAAUAUAUCUUUGUAACUUGUUUAUUUUAUACAUAGUAGUUUAUACCUCUUAAUCCUGUACUCCUCUUUUGCCCCUCCCCACUCCCCUCUCCCCACUGUUAACCACUAGUUUGUUCUCUAUAUCUGCGAGUCUUUUUCUUUUUUGUUAUAUUUACUAGUUUUAUUUCUUAAUAACACACAUAUGUGAUAACACAGUAUUUGUCUUUCUCUGUCUGACUUAUUACACUAAGCAUAAUACCCUCUGGGUCCAUCGAUACUCUUUUUUAUGUCUGAGUAUAUUGCUCUGUGUGUGUGUGUGUGUGUGUGUGUGUCGCAUAUUCUUUAUCCAUGUAUAGAUAGGCAUUUAGGUUGCUUCUAUGUCAUGGCUCUUGUAAAUGCUGCAAUGAAUAUAGGGGUGUAUGUUUCUUUUUGAGUUAGUGUUUUUGUUUACUUUGAAUAAAUACUCAGGAGGGGAAUUGCUGGAUCAUAUGGUAGUUCUAUUUUUAAUUUUUUGAGGAACCUCCAUAUUGUUUUCUACAGUGGCUGCACCAAUUUUCAUUUGCACCAAUAGCAUAUGAAGUUCCCUUUUCUCCUCAUCCUCCAACAUUUGAUAUUUGUACACUUUUUGAAGAUAGCCAUUCUGAGAGGUGUGAGGUGAUACUUCAUUAUGGUUUUCUCCACAUCCUUGUCAAUACUUAUUAUUGUCUUUUUGAUAACAGUCAUUUGACAGGUUCAGGUAAUACCUCAUUGUGUUAUUGAUUUGCAUUUCUCUGAUGAUUAAUGAUGUUGAGCAUCUUUCCAUGUACCUGUUGGCCAUCUGUAUGUCUUAUUUGGAAAAAUGUCUAUUCAGGCCUUCUGCCUAUUUUUAAUCAGGUGGUUUGGUGGGGUUUUUUUGUUUGUUUUUUUGAUGUUGGGUUGUAUGAGCUGUUUAUAUAUUUUGGAUAUUAACCCCUUAUCUUCAUUUGCAAAUAUUUUCUCCCAGUUCAUAGGUUGUCUUUCCAUUUUGUUGUAUAUUUCCUCUGCUGUGCAAGAGCUUGUGAUUAGGUGCCAUUUGUUUGUUUUUGCUUUUGUUUCCUUUGCCUUAAGGGACAGAUCCAAAAAAAAUUGCUGUGAUUUAUGUCAAUUUAUGCCAUUCUUCUUAUGCUUAUUCUAGGAGUUUUAUGAUUUCAGGUCUUACAUUUAGGUCGUUAAUCCAUUUUGAGUUUAUUUUUGUAUAUGGUGUUGGAAAAAGUUAUGAUUUCAUUGUUUUACAUGUACCUGUCCAGUUUUUACUAGCACUACUUAUUAAAGAGAUUGUUUUUUCUCCAUUGUAUAUUCUUGCCUGCUUUGUUGUAGAGUAAUUGACCAUAAAUGUGUGGGUUUAUUUCUAGGCUUUCUAUUUAUUGAUUUCUGUGUCUGUUUUUUGUGCCAGUAUCAUACUGUUUUGAAUACUGUAGCUUUGUAGUAUAGCCUGGAGUCAGGGAAUGUGAUUCCUCCAGCUCUGUGCUUCUUUUUCAAGAUUGUUUUGUCUAUUCAAGGUCUUUUGUGUUUCCAUACAAAUUUUAAAAUUAUUUGUUUUAGUUCUGUGAAAAAUGCCAUUGGUAUUUUGAUAGGGAUUACACUGAAUCUGUAGAUUGCCUUGGGUAGUAUGUUCAUUUUAACAAUAUUAAUUCUUUCAAUCCAUGACCAUGGUGUAUAUUCCCAACUGUUCACGUCAUCUUUAAUUUCUUUCAUUGGUUUCUUAUCGUUUUCAGAGUAUGGGUCUUUUACCUCCUUAGGUAGGCUUAUUCCUAGGUAUUUUAUUAUUUUUAAUGUGAUUGUAAAUGGGAUUGUUUCCUUAAUUUCUCUUUCUGAUAGUUCACUGUUAGUGUAUAGAAAUGCAACAGAUUUCUUUGUUAUUUUUGUAUCAUGCAACUUAACUGAAUUCGUUGAUGAGCUCUAGUAGUUUUUUGGUGGCGUCUUUAGGAUUUUCUAUGUAAAUAUCAUGUUAUCUGCAAACAGUGACAGUUUCACUUCUUCCUUUCCAAUUUAGAUUCCUUUUAUUUCAAAUUAUUAGCCACUGUCUGGGAUUCCUAGUGAUAGGGGUAAAAAGCAUGGUUUUUGUGAAACUGAAAGUCCAUAAGUUCUCUGUUAAGAGAAAUGUGAGAAUAAAAUUCUGUAAGUCCUUUCUUUGAUUCAGAAAUGUAUGAAAUCAGAAAUGUGAGAAUCUUUUUAUUUAGAGAAAAAUUGUAAUGCCAGUCACAUGGCCUGUGAUCCUUUUCCUGUUCAGGCUCUGUGUUACACAUUUAUGUUCUUUUCUAACAAUAGAAACUAAGGAUACCAAGUAUUUAUAAAUCAAGGAGAUAAACAAAGAACCUGUUGCCAGUGAAUCAGAUUGAAACCAGCAAGUCACACUCAGUAAACCUAAAACCUGGCUCAGCUCCAUGAUAAAUUCUCUGUGGUGUUACUUUUUGCUAAUCAGUAUUACACAUCAGUCAAUUAAUUUACAGAUUAAUUAGAUAAAGGUAAAACUUAAGUCCUCUCUUGUCAAAUAUUUUAAUAUGAACAACUUUUAAAACACUUUUAAUACAUUCUUUAAUUUCUAGGUUUAAAUGAAUUGCUUGACAUAAUGAGAUGCAUUUUGUCAAAUUUCAAACUUAAAAAAUUUAAAUAUAAUAAUGUUCAUUCACUAAUUAUAUGCUUGUUAUUUCCACCUUAAUUAUAAAUAAAAUCACCUCUUUUCUUCUGCUUGC